AUGGUGAUGUACGAAGUGCAUUCUCAUCCUGUCAGGCAAAAGUACAAGACUCACAUUUGUAGCAGAGCGACUCUCUUUCAAUUUUUUGCCAUCAUUCUUACAUUUAUACCACCUCUUAUCAUCGCCUAUGUGACUCACGGUAAGCAAUAACUAAACUUGCAGCUGGAUUUUAUAUCACAGCGACUCCGAUCUUAGCUUUACGUAUAUACUAACUUACUUUUUGCUAUGUUAAAUCGCAGGUUUUUGGCUUAAGGAAAGUUCUUAUAGAGAACAGCCUGAUGUAAGAUUCAAACAUGAAAUUCUCCUGAUAGUUCAAGGAAAUACCCCUGGUUCAUUUCUGGCCUACAGCACUUUUCAAAAUUUUAACCAACUUCUUCAGCAAAAUCUUAGAAUUCCCCUCAUAAAGGUAGGCAAAACACUCAAACUGAUUAUUAAUAACAGCAACUUAAACCACCAUAUUUGCAAAUUCACAAAUCCCAAUCAUUUACUUCUAAGUAAUGACAAUUAAUAUCUUUAUCUUUCAAGUCUUGGGAAAAGGAUGUGAACCUGGAUGGAAAGUAUGACAGCCUUCACUUUAAUAUCGAGGUACCUCUGGCAGACUCUGAGGCCAUACACUCUGUACAGUUGUUGCUGAUAUUUGAUUACCAACUUCAUGUAAGUGAGAUCUUGAAUUUAGACAGUACAGGCCAUCCCCAGGGGAGUUACUUGGGUUAAUUUUUGCUGUGUGCCACUGGCCUCUAAGAGCCCCUCCCCAUUGUAGACUAUUCCGUGGUCAUAUUAUAGACCCCAUCUCAGUCACUUUGGGGAAAAAGUAAUUUUUGCAAUCCCAACUUACCUUAUCCUCCUUUAUUUUCACGGGACUUAAAUUUCGCGAAAAUUUUCUCAGCACAUUUCGCGAGUCUUUAAUUUCGCGAUCGCGGAGAAAAAUUGUGUUUGCAGGGAACUUAAUUUCGCGAAAUUGACGAUUAAGUCCACGUUUACAAAGAAAUUUGGAAGCCCAUCGUCGGGGAGCUUUUGAGAUGUUCUCACAAACGAAACAAUAUCUACGAUACGCAAUCGCUAACAAACAGCUCCGAAACAAUGUCUACGAUAUGCAAUCGCUAACAAACGGCUCCGUGGUCGCCUGGCCGAUUCGAUUAUGGGCCAUUUGCCCAUAGAGAUUCUAGAGCCACUCGCUUUUUCUUAUUGAGAGGUGGGAUGGUUUAUCUUAAAGUUACUGAUGAAAACUAUCAUCGAUCCCCAUUGAUUGAGGGAGGUCUGGAAAUUCCUGUUGAGGUGAUAUGUGAAAUGGACGAUACACCAAAGAACAGGGCAAUAAUGGAAAGAUACAAGACACUCGUAACUACACACUACAAGGAGCCGGGACAGGAUGGUCAAUUUGACGACUGUACAAAGGAUGUUUUGGAGGAACUGUGCGAAGAUGAUUACUCAGAUGCCGAAGAAGAACUUGAGGCGAAUCUUGACACUGAUUAACAUCUAAAGUUGAUAAAUGAUAGCUCGUUGUACUAACACCUUGUGUUAAAAACUGUUUAGGACCCUUGAAAACACCACGACAUUAUUUUUCUAUUUCCAUUAAAUUUCGCGAGAUCAAAGUUCGCGGUCGUUAUUUUUCACGGGUCUUUAAGUUCGCGAAUUUAAGAACCCGCAAAAAUUAAGGAGAAUAAGGUAGUCACUUUCUGUUUAUGCAUCUACCUUAUAAAGCCUUUUAACUAGGUCAUCCUGAAAUGAACCGGCACAUUUGUUAAACUUAAUGUGGUGUACAUAUUUGUUUUUCACAUUCCUUGAUUUUCUGACCCCAAAAUCUUGAAAAUAUGCAACCCCAUAAUAGCCAAUCCAGUCAUGAAAAUGAGACCCCAUCCAGCCGCACAUUCCAUUUGCCUACUAAGAAGAAGCCCCUGCCCCCCUCCCUCCCGAGGCCAUCUUCUCUUAGAUGAGGGUCCCUAAUAGGGUUCUUCACUCCCGUCAUCCCAACCCAAAUUUUCCCUUAAUCCCGUAACCCUGAUGGUUAUUAAUUUUUUAGUAUCCCACAUCCCGUGUAUACUUGUGUACUUUCAAUCCUGAAUCUCGCCCACAUCACUGGUGUUCAAAGUGGAAUCCCAAAUCCCAACCAGUUGUGUCUACCUCAUAAAAUGUCAAAGAAAAGGACUGAAGAACAGCAGAGUCCAAAUCUAAAUGUCUGUUUUGGAAGGUGUGCAUUCAGCGAGUUUGGCUUGUGCUUUGUCUCUUUUUUUUUCAUGUCAGUGGGCUGGUAAAAGGAAGGGAAAUGGAGGGAUGAUACCAGUUGCAUAACUUCAAAUCAAAUAACUCUGAUUGGAAGCGAAAGUUUCUUUCUGGUUCUGUUCAGAUAAUUUGUGACAUUGUCAUGGUUAUCUGAAAAGAACCAGGUAGGUCAAACUAGCCAUCAAGACAUCAACUUUUACAUUCUUUAAUAGUUACUAACAGUUCUGCUCUGGUCACCAAUAGACACUGAUCAAGCCUAUUACCAACCAGAAUUGUGUGGUUCCAGAAAAUAUCCUUUCCCUUCAGCCCACUUGAAAGGAAAUUGGAGAUUCUGGGGAGGUGGGAGGCCCAGGGAAUUCCAGAGAGUAGUGAUGCAUUUCCGAACUUAAAUGCCAUAGUCUUUUAAUCAGACAAUCUAAUAUUUUUCUCUGUUUUUUUUUCCAUUGGUCUCUUGCAGAUCAGUUUGCAUAAUCUAACAUUUUAGAAGCACAUGUCUUUUCUGUAACACCCACAACUUUGUUUUCCGUCAUGAUUUUUUUAUGAUUAUGAUUUAUGAUUGUUUUCUUAGAAAUAUGUUAGCCUGCAGAUGGAGAGUAUAGCAUACAUUUACUACUCAUCUCCUUUGGCAGGAGCACAGUUUUCUACAACAGGACAACUCAGAUUACAACAAUCUUCUCCUUUACCUCAUAAAGGAAUUCAUAAUGUCUAUAAUGUAAGUGAAUGGUGCAUGAUAAUAUUGUAACAGUGUUCAAAUUGUUAAAUACAACACUAUUUGAUGUUAAUAAUGCAUUGCUGAUUACCGAUAUCGCAUGAUCUUGUUAAAGCAUUUAACAAGAAAAAUUAAGCUGAGGAAGGUAAUUCAAAUGCAGUCUAAUUUAUUCAAACCUUAACUCUAUUAACAACUCUGACACUUUUAAUGGUUUUGAUUCUUGAUGUUAGAAACAUCAAACUGUUGAAAAACGUUCCUCAGCUUAAUUUUUUUUUAUUACAGUUGGUAUUAUUUCUUAAAAAUUUAUGCAUUGAAAAAGUUAACUUAAUUUACAUUAUUUUUAAAUAACAGUUCUAAUAGGCCUACUAGGUUAGUAAAUAAGCAGAUUUUUGUGUAAAACUUGUUUAUUUUUAUUUAUAUACAAUUUAAUUAAUCUUUUCAAAGAUACUGCUCAUAGAAAACUUUGCCAGCUUAUUAGGCCUGAAUAUUAAUAAUUUUUUAAUAUGUUAGUUAAAUGAGAGUUUGUCGUUCUUUGUUUGUAAAACCCUAACUUGCAUCUUUUCUGAAAGUGAAACAUGAGGUUCAUGAGUCCUCUAGAUCAUUGAUUGCUUUCACUUUCUUAUUUAUUGGUGAUUUAAAUUUUGAUUUUUUGUAGGUCUCAGUUAUCAAUGGGACAAGCACAAAUGCUGAGGCAUACAACUUGUAUGACAUUUUUGCAAGUUAUGUUCAGCGAAAUGGUAUGUCCAAAUUGCAGUAAAUGGUCAAGAACCAUUUGGAUAUUUCUGUAUUUGAACUUGUCUCUGUUUUGUUUCUCAGACAACACAUUAUUUAGCAUUACCUUGGUGUGCUUCAUGGAGUUGAACUAGUUUGUCUUAAAACUUAUGAUGGAGAUGAUCCAGUAAUGUUUUGCCUCCGUCACUUAAUCAACCCUUGUAUGUCACCAAAUAUUGGCCGAAUUUGUACCAGAGAUGAAUUAUCAGUCUGAGACGAAUUAUUCACGAGUCUCAGACAGAUAAAUCAACUACAGUAGAUAUAAAUCCAGUGUUUAGAUGAAUUUUGGCCCCAAAUUUUUCUUCACUUGAUUUGUCUACAAGCAUGUCUUGUAGACGCACUGACAAAAGAGGUGAAUUUGGAGCCAAAAUUCGUCUUAACAGCGGAUUCACAGCGUCUUCACUUAAUUCAUCUGCCAGCAGUUCUUACAGAUGUGCUGCCUGAUGAGACGAAUUUGGGGCCAAAAUUUGUCUGAACACGGGACUUAUAUGUAAAUGAUUUUAUCCUUCUCAGACAGAUAAUUAUUUAUCUUAGAUGAAUAAUUUGUCUCUAGAAUAAAUUCAGCCAUUAUUGCAUCGCAGUGUAAGGGACAUAAUAUUUAUUAUUUGCUUGAUAUCUUGUGUGUGUACAAUGUACACUUAUUCUGUAACUUUUGGUACUGAUAAUUUGAUCCUUUUUGGGUUUUGCUAGUCACCACAGGGUAUGCAUCAGAUUAUCCAGUGUGGACAAGUGGGCGUGCCACAGGACAACCAUUUGCAUUACAAGGAACUGUGUUCUAUCCAGAAGAGAUCAUUAUGUAUCCUUUUGAUACCAACAAUAAUGUGAUUAAAUUUCGAAGAAAUGAAAGUAGGUGUUUAUUUAUCAAUUUAGCUUUGAAAUGGUAG